AAAAAAAUAAUAAUGUCAAAACAAAAAAAACCGAAGCUCUGAACACCGACACGUUUUCCGAAAUUAAUUAUUAUUUAUUGCUAUUUAAAUCGUAAUAUUAUUUAAAGUACAAGUAUAAUGUCACUUAUACUAACAAAAGCAGCGCUUGCACUGAAAAAUGCUGAGAGCAACUUUCAAUUUGUAAAGUUUGAAUCGCACAAACCUAAAAAGAAAGAGCAGAUGGACGAUGGAAAAGUAUCAAAUUCAAAAACUGUUCUUGACCACUAUUCUAAGAAAGAUUUAGACCUUAAGAGGAUACGCCAUGAAGUUGUGAAGUUCGGAAUGUCUGGGUUUGAUCCUACAAAGAAAGAGGAAGCCAAAAUUGCAUUGGCAGUGAGUUUAGGUGCAAAGCCACCCAAAAGGGAGUAUCUCAAUUACAAAGAGUUAAUGAAGAAGAGGAAAGAGGAGAAAAUUAAAUUGCAGGAGCAAAAGCAGCAAAUGAUGGCCAAAAGUGUGCUGCAGGGCGUCUCCAAGAAGAAAAACAAAGCUAACAAAAAUAAUGAUGUCGGCAAUUUUCUCAGUAACUAUGGAAAGGUCCAAAAGAAGGAUUUAAAGAAGAAUGACAACAAUAGUAAGCCUAAGAAAAAGAACAAAAAGAAAAUAAUAUGAAUUAUUAGUUCAAUUUCUAUGUAAUAAAAAAGGAGUAUUAUCGAGUGUAGCAAUUUAUUUUAUUUUGA